GCGUGAGACAUCAAUGGAGGUAAAGUCAGAGUGGGCGUCCACCGUCCCUUCACCUCCAAUUUUAAACUCAACUCUGUCUCUGUCUGUGUGCGCGCUCGCGCGCCGUCUUGAUUAAUAUUGGACCUACCUUCCCAGUUCCUACCUCCGCCUUCCAAGUAAAGUGUUCCUACAUUUGUCCCCCCCCCCUCAUUGAAUCCUACGCCGGCAAAGCUUGACUGUGAGUGAAAUGGCGGAUCUGAAAGGAGGUACUCGACCGCCAUGGGUGGGGCUUGGAGCUGCUGUGUGGUUUCAAAUAGCUUCUGGAUCCUCUUACGGCUUCCCUCUCUACUCUCACUCGCUCAGAUCCGUUCUGGGAUUUAACCAGCGCCAGAUCGCCUUGCUUGGUGUUGCCAACGACAUUGGCGAGAACGUUGGUCUCCUUCCUGGUCUCGUCUCCAACAAGUUCCCUCCCUGGUUCAUCCUCUCCAUCGGCGCUCUUCUUUCUUUCCUUGGCUAUGGCGUCCUCUGGCUUUCAAUUAGCCGCACUGUUCUCUCUCUUCCUUACUGGUUGUUAUGGAUUGCUUCAGUUGUUGCCACCAACGGUAGUACAUGGUUUAGCACACCUGUUCUUGUCACGAACAUGAGAAACUUCCCUGCGAGUAGAGGCACAGUUGCUGGAAUCCUCAAAGGCUAUCUAGGCUUAAGUGCUACAGUUUUCACUGAAGUUUACAGCGUAGUCCUUCACAAUUCUUCUUCCAAGUUCCUCUUGUUCCUUGCCCUUGGCAUUCCCAUUGCAUGUUUCACCUUGAUGUUUCUUGUCAGGCCUUGCACUCCUGCUUCUGGCGAAGACUCCUCAGAGAAUGGCCAUUUUGUCUUCAUCCAAGCGUCUAGUGUUGUUCUAGGUUUAUACCUUCUUGCAACCACAGUAAUUGGCGAUGUUGUAUCCUUGGGUGGUGUAGCAUCCUAUGUUUCAGUUUUUGUGAUGAUCCUCCUUCUCAUGGCUCCUCUUGCUGUCCCUUUAAAAAUGACAUUAUUUCCCAGAAAAGUCAUCAAACCAGAGGCACAUGAGGUACAAGUAGGAUCUUCAGAGCACGAAGAGAAGUCAGAACCUUUGCUGCUUUCAGCAUCUUCAUCGUCAGCAACACUUGGGAGUUUUUAUGACGAUGAUUCAUCUGAGGUGGCUAUGCUUCUUGCCGUGGGUGAAGGAGCAGUGCAUAAGAAGAAGAGGAGGCCUAAAAGGGGGGAAGAUUUUAAAUUUCGGGAGGCAGUGAUCAAAGCUGAUUUCUGGCUUCUGUUUCUGGUUUUCUUUGUUGGUGCAGGAACUGGGGUUACUGUGGUAAAUAAUCUAGCACAAAUUGGUAUCGCACAAAGUGUGGAAAGCACCACAAUCUUGUUGUCCACUUUCGGCUUUUGCAAUUUUGUGGGCCGGCUUGGUGGAGGAGCUGUUUCUGAAUAUUUUGUCAGAACAAAAACAAUCCCACGAACAGUGUGGAUGACAUGCACACAGAUAAUAAUGAUCAUCUUGUACUUGCUGUUUGCAUGUGCUGUGAGUGGAACCCUCUAUCCUGCCAUGGCAUUUCUGGGAAUCUGCUAUGGCGUGCAGUUUUCUGUAAUGAUUCCUGCAGUUUCUGAGUUGUUUGGCUUGAAACACUUUGGCGUUCUCUACAACUUCAUUUGCUUGGGGAACCCUCUUGGCGCCUUCCUUUUCUCUGCUCUCUUAGCUGGCAAUAUCUACGAUGCCGAAGCAGCCAAACAACAUGGUCUGAGCCACCUGUUGGAUGAUUCUAUAACUAAGGCCUGCGUUGGUCCCUCCUGCUUUAAGCUGACCUUUUUGGUUCUUGCUGGCGUUUCUGCUGUAGGCACCCUCUUGAGCAUUAUUUUGACUAUUAGGGUGAAACCUGUCUAUCAAAUGCUUUAUUCUGGGGGAUCUUUUAGGCUUCCCCAAUCCUCUUCUAGUCAUUAAGAUGGUCCACAGUCUUGAGACUACUCUCUGAUACUUGAAGGUCUGCGAUAUUUAUACGAGUCUGAUAUUUGUGAUACUAUAAGGUGCAUAUACAUAUAUAUAAAAUUGCCUGGUAUUAAUUUGAGGCGAUCACGAAUUUGAGUUGUAUCUGAGUUCCUGUACUUUUCAGUGUAAUGCAAGUUCAAAAUUUCGGUA